AGUUACAAAACACAAAAUGGUGUUACGUUUAACUAAAUUAAACAGAGAAAUAAAAUAAAACAUGGCGCAGUCGUUAAACUGAAUAAGAUUCAUUUGGAUGAAAAUCGAUGGACGUGUGAAACCUCGUGCGUAACACAUGUGUGAAAAUAAGUUAAAAAUUAUUAAGUUUAAUAAAUAAAUUGAAGAAUUGAAGAUACGUAAGAAUGGAGUUCAACAAGCCGAAUUCACUUCAAAUGACUGGCAAUCUGGCUGAAAAUUUCCGUACAUUCAGGCAGAGUGUACAGAUUUAUUUUGAUGCGACUGAAUCGCAUAAGAAAAGACAAGAAACUCAGGUAGCCAUUUUACUAAAUUUAUUGGGACCCGAUGCUCUUAAAAUCUACAAUACGUUAAAACCUAAAGAAAAUACUGUCUUCGAAGUAUUGAAAGCGUUGGAAGCAUACUGUAUUCCGAGAAAGAAUGAAACAAUGGAACUCUUCAAAUUCUUCUCCCGUAAGCAGAUGGAAGGCGAAAAAUUUGACAAAUUUUAUGCUGAUCUGAGAGAGCAGGUGAAAUCAUGUGGUCUGGGUCCGUGUGAAGACAAAUUAUUAAAAUCACAAGUUAUUCUUGGUGUGGCGGAUCGAGAUUUGCAAACAAGGUUACUCCGUGAAGACAUGUCCCUGGAGAAGGUAGUGAACCAGUGCAAAAUCAUGGAGCAGAUGGAACUCAACAGAAAGUUGGUUCAAGAAGAAGUAAAAUUGGUCCACAACAUCGAAGAUGGUCAAAAGAAAAGUCAAAACGCAAAAGGAAGACAAUUCAAGACAAACAGAAAUCACCCGAAUCAGUCUAUGGAAAAGGUAUCAGGUAAAUUAAAUAAGUCAAAUACAAAUAUUAAAAAUGUGAAUUAUAUUAAUGAUUGUAAUAGAUGUGGUAAAUCACAUAAGGUAAGGGAAUGCCCGGCAUAUAAAAAAAGUUGUAGUAAUUGUGGUUUAUUGAAUCAUUUUAAAAGCAAGUGUAGAUCAGGAAAAAGUAAAAUAGAAAAUCAAGUUGACAAUUUAGAAAUGGAAUUCUCAAUAGAUGCUUUAGAGGUAAAGGUCAUGAAUACAGAGCUAGCAGAUGGAAAAAUAAAUAAAUCUUGGAUUGAUAAUAUUACAAUGAAUGGUAUUGAAACUAAAAUUAAGUUGGAUACCGGUGCUGAACUAAAUGUAAUGUCUUAUAAAUUAUUUAAAAAAUUGAAUGGUCUAAAUUUAAAUAAAAGCAAUGUAAUAAUUAAGUCAUUUGGUGGUUAUACUACAAAUUCAAAGGGGAAUACUUUAAUUGAAUUAAUAAAUAAGGGUAAGAAAAUAAAAAGAGUAUUUGAAGUAGUUGAUUAUGAUGGCCUACCACUAUUGAGUUUUGAGGCUUGUGUGACAUUAAAUUAUAAAUUAUCUGAGGUUAGUGAAAUAAACAUUUUAAAUAAACAAGUUGAAAGAGAAAAGUUCAUACAAGAGAAUAAAGAUAUUUUCGAAGGUAUUGGAAAGUUUCCAGACAUGGUCAAAAUUAAAUUA